AUGUCGGCAGAAAAACACGCAUUGGAAGAGGCAGCAGUGGGGAGACAGGUGAUGUCACAGGGAAUGACCCAAAUGGCUCCCCCUCCCUAUCUCCCGUCCCAGGACCCAAACAUGCCGCCGCACCCUCCCCCACCUGGCUGCGGCCCGCAGCCCAGCUUCCCUCCUCCACCCCCUCCCCCAGGUUCCGAGGGUUACCUUCAGGAGACCCAGUUCCACUGUGGUACCCUCGGGCCUCAGGGGGCUCCCAAUGGCUACACAGUACAGACACAUGGACCACCGAGUACAGUCCCUCACCCCCCGGUAGGGUACCUGCAUCCUGGGUACCCGCUUCAGCUGCAACCGUGCACUGCCUAUGUUCCAGUUUACCCCAUCGGGACGUCGGGCCAGCCAUAUAUGCCUAAUGGUGCACCCCACCCUGGAGUUGCCCCGGGGCAGAUGGCCAUGCAGAUGCCCACUGGCAUUGCCCUGAUGGAACCCCGUAGGCCACCACACGAUUACCUGCCGAUUGCCGUGCUCACCACUGUCUGCUGCUUUUGGCCCACCGGCAUCAUUGCCAUAAUUAAAGCUGUUCAGGUGCGUACGGCGGUUGCCAGGGGAGACAUGGUGACGGCGGAGAUAGCAUCUCGUGAGGCGCGUAACUUCUCUUUCAUCAGCCUGGCCGUGGGUAUUGCUUCCAUCGUGCUGUGCACCAUUCUAACCGUCGUGGUGAUCAUCGCUUCUCAGCACCAUGACGACGACUGGGAUCCCUAG